CAACAAACAAUUUCUUGUCUUCAAAUACAUGCUGUUUCUCUCUUUUUGAACAUAAAAAUAUCUACAAAUCCUAGGUGGUUGCUCUGCCAUAUGCAAACCGCUACUUUUUCAUCGAUUGAAUUUGAAAAUGUUGAUGUAUCUCAAUUCAUUGGUCCUUGGAAGUUGGGGAGGACUCUUGGCGAGGGUAAUCUUGCCAAAGUAAAGUUAGGAAUUCAUUCUGAGACGGAAGAAAAAGUUGCAUUGAAAAUGAUACGAAAUGCGGAGCUGGAAGAUGAGACUACUUGGAACCAUGUUUUACGAGAAGUAAUGAUUUUAAGAUCAUUUCGGCAUCCAAACAUUAUUUCCCUUUACCAAGUUCUUCGUGUCCCAAAGUACACGGUGCUUGCAUUGGAAUUUAUGGAGACCGACCUUCAUAGCAUGCUUGCUAGAUGUAAACGUCUGAACGAGGCUGUAGCCCGUAGAAUCUUCCAACAAGUUGUCUUUGCUAUCGAAUACUGUCACCAAAACAAUGUGUCUCAUCGAGACUUAAAGCUCGAAAACAUCCUUGUCUCCAAUAGCUUAACGGUUAAGCUCAGUGAUUUUAGCCUUUCCAACUUUAUGUACGAUGGUAGUUUUUUGAGAACUUCUUGUGGCACUCCUCAUUACGCUGCUCCUGAAGUCAUUCAAGGUCGGUAUUAUGAUGGAUGUGAUGUAGAUAUUUGGGGUUGUGGAAUCCUGCUCUAUCUCAUGCUCGUCGGUGAAUUUCCUUUUGAAGACGUCACCAUAUCCAAUGUUUUGAGCCGUGCAUGUAAAGGAAUCUAUACAGUACCUUCUCACGUUUCUUCAGGUGCUACCGAUCUAAUCCGACAAAUGCUCACCGUCAUCCCAACUGAUAGAAUCAAAAUAUCUGAUAUUAUUCAGCACCCUUGGUUUGUAGCCGAUAAUCUUCCAUCAGUUCGCCUGUCUUCGCAUAGUACCUUCUUCUCCGAGAAAGAUCAUAUCGUCAACUUUUACCCAGCUGAAUUGGCACACCUUUUUAAUUCAUCAUUAACCUCUUCUUCAGUUAGUCAGAACAAUUCACAGCUUCAAUCUCUAGAUUUAUCAUACCUUCCUGUCUAUGCGUCUUCAAACACCGACCUUAGUUCAUCCGCCGAUAAUUUGUCCUUUCAGCUCUUUCCUUGUUCUGAUUCACAUCCAAACUCAUUGUCAUAUUCUGAAAAGAAAGAUCCCUCUGGUUUAGUCACGCCUCCUUCAAAGGCGUCUUCCGAAUCGCAUGUCAAUAUUCUACCUACAUCCCUUCCCAGCGAACAUGCGACUUACAUGUCCAAAAUGUAUAAUAUUCAUGGGUUCCACGCGACCAUUUCAACCAGGUUACGAAAAUUUCGGUGGCAUUAUGGCAUACAGACCAAUAAAUCUCCGCGAGAAAUUUUAUUGCAAUUGUGCCAGAGCUUGCAGCUCCUCGGAGCUUCUUUUCGCCCUUAUAGCACAGAAGACUUUUUACGUGAAAAUAAAUAUCGUGUAGAUGCUAAAAUCAACACGGACAGCUUUAUAGUUUAUUUGACGUUCGAAAUAUUUUCUCUUGGUUCGUUGGCUAAUAUUAUUGACAUUCGCUUUUCUGGCAACAAAGCUUCGGCAAUCAAUAACCCGGUCAAUAGUCCCAUGCCCUGUUUUGAAGUUGUUAAGCAGUUUCUUCGAAAAAUCAUUUAGCCAUUGUUCUAAUGACUUUAAUGAUUACACUUUUAUUUUUGUUAUGCUUACACGUGUAAUUUUGUUUUGCUUUGAAGUUUUAUCAUUGUUGAAGCAAAUGGAUCUUUCACUUGCUGCUGGAAGAUUUUGUUUUCUCUUUUUCUUUUUUGUUUUUAACUUAUUUUAAUCUUUAAUUUAUGAAUAGUAAUUUUACAUGCCUUGAAUCAUACUUUGCUUAUCC